ACUUUGACCCGAAGACGAACGCUUCUCCUCUCCCUCCAGACCCCGCCUGCUGUGAAGAUGGCGCUCUACAGGGCGAGCUGGGCUCGGGCUGCUUUGCGGGGUUCGGCGGUCAACCCUGGAUCCUUUGUCACCCGGGAGCUGCAAUUUGGUCGCUCUGUCCUGGCUUGGGGCCCCCCUCGGACUUCGAAGCUUCACUUUUCUCCAAAGGCAGAUGUGAAGAACUUCUACUCUUAUGUGGUCAACAAGACGAAAGUGAUUAAUGGGAAAUACCAUCGUUUCUUGGGUCGUCAUUUCCCCCGCUUCUAUGUUCUGUACACAAUCUUCCUGAAAGGAUUGCGGAUGUUUUGGACUGAUGCCAAAAAGGCUAGAAGAAUAAAGAGACAUAUGUGGAGGCACAAUAUAAAGUUUCAUCAACUUCCGUACCGGGAGAUGGAGCAUUUGAGACAGUUCCGUCGAGAUGUCACCAAGUGUCUUUUCUUAGGUAUCGUUUCCAUUCCACCCUUUGCCAACUACCUGGUCUUCUUGCUAAUGUACCUGUUUCCCAGGCAACUACUGAUCCAGCAUUUUUGGACCCCUAAACAACAAAUUGAAUUCCUAGAUAUCUAUCAUGCUCUCCGGAAGCAGUCCCACUCAGAAAUCCUUAGUUAUAUAGAAAGGGUCGUCCCUCUCAUUUCUGAUACAGAACUUCAGUGGCAUCUGUCACAAAUUUGCACCAAGAUACAAUGUGGUACCCACCCAGCAAAACAUGAUAUCCUGGUGCUAAGAAAGUGUUUCUCUAACCAUCCUCUGGGUAUGAACCACCUCCGGACCGCGCACCUGAAAGCCUUGAGCCGGGCCAUGCUUCUCACACCUUACCUGCCUUCUACCUUGUUGAGACGUCGAUUGAAGACUCAGACCGUUGUGAUUCAUCAACUAGACAAGGCUUUGGCAAAGCUAGGGAUUGGCCAGCUAACUGCUCGAGAAGUAAAAUCCGCUUGUUACCUUCGUGGCCUGAAUUCUACCUACGUUGCUGAAGACAGAUGUCGCACUUGGCUGGGAGAAUGGCUGCAGAUUUCCUGCAGCUUGAAAGAAGCUGAGCUGUCCCUCUUGCUGCACAACGUGGUCCUGCUUUCCACCAACUACCUUGGGACAAGGCGCUGAGUGAAUCGUGAAGUGGAUGGUAUUAUCCUGCAGUCACAUAAUAUAGCAGUGUGGGGCCAAACAGCACUUGUCAGCAGAGAGUCUGUGUGCACUGUUUACAUGUGUGGGAGGCAGAGGAGCAGGCGCCAUGGGCUUCACAGAAUGCUACCCACGUGGGAACUACAGACAUUCCCCUCACCCUCUUGCCAGGGGGCCCAUGAGAGGUAUCAUCUUCUCUCCCUCGUAGUUAGCUAGAGCUGGCAGCAGCCUCUGUACAGGGCUUCUACCGUGAUGUGUUAAGUUCAGGUCCCAGGAAGUCAGCUUGUGCCGCAGGUGGGAGUCCUCAUUUGGCCUAGGACUCAACCACUGCCGUUUUGUUAAUAUGGGGUUUUUCGGUUACAAGGUCUGUGGCUGGAGGGGAGGACAGCACUGCUUGGUCUGGAGCAUUUGCAUCCAGUGUGUAUUUCAGUGCUCCCUCAGUCCCUUCCGAAAGGACCAAAAAUAUGAAGUUUGAUUGUUGUUACUGUUGUUCUUACUGGCAUGAGCUAAUCUCUUCCUUUCCUUUUCAAAUCCCUUGAACAUCUUGACUUUUUUUUUUGAAUGAAUAACUCAUGGGAACAUUUUAAUGGCAAAGAUAAAAGGAAGUACAAGUGGUUCUUGACCCCCUUUCCCCAGUUUAUAUCCUUGACCCUCCAUUGUCUUAAUUUCUGGGCUGUAGUACAGUCCCUGUGGGUCUUAAAACUCUUUUGCUACCUCCACUGUGUUGCAGUGACCCAACUGUAACUGACAGUGGCUGCCUUCUUUGGGCAGUUGAUCAACCCUGGAAGGUACUAAUUACUGCCCAGUCUGGGGAGACCUGAAGAGAUCUGCAUUAAGUUAGUAAGUUGGGUUUAGCUUUUGUGUGUGCAUCAGUGACCUAUAGUUCUGUAAAUUAUUGUAAAUGCAUGAAGCAUUGUUUUUAAACCCAAGUAAAGACUGCCUGAAACCAGUUGAUGGAAA